AUGGAUCCUCCAACGCCAGUGGUAUAUCUCUUACCAACACGCUUGAGUUCUGAUGAGCUGCGCCUGUUGGCAGACAGGGCAGCAAGUAUCGUCCAGCUGACCCAGGUCGCCAGUGAAGCAGAUUUCAUUGUUGGAAAGGGUAUAUUAUCAGUCACCCAAAGACUGCGGGCCCAGUUUGAGCUGCGGAAGUUGAAAUUAUCCGCCGAAGAGGCAUCAUCUUCAGCCGGCAAGCCAGAUUCGAGUCCCAGGGCAAAGAGACGAAAGAUUUCCUGUCUCGAGGAUUAUGCAUUCCGCAGCAGCUCGCUCGAAGACUCCGGCGAUGAGCACAUACAGCCUCAGGAGUCAUCCACCACGGCUGCGAGGUCGGUUGUUCGUCUUGACUGGCUGCAAGACUCACUGGCGAAGGGCAGCUUGGUAGACUGCAGGGACUAUUUGGUAUAUACGGCCCGCAGAGCGCCAGCACCCCCAGCGCCAGAACUGUACAAGGCAGUCGAGUCCCCUACGACAUUCGGUUUACCGCAACGAUCCCAGCAAUCUGCAGCAGGAUCUCAGGCCUCAGCUUCUUCAUACUCGCUGUCUCGACGGCGGGAAGGCACGGGUCACCACCACAAGGCCCCGCCUCUACUGGCUCAGUCCACAACAGAAGAAAAUGCCGUUGCUGAAUUGCCACCAGUUCCUGAGUACUUGCACACAAAGUACUCGUGCCAACGAGCAACAGUCGUCCAUCCACCAAACGAAGCAUUCAUCGAAAAGCUAAAGGAGGUCAGGGAACUCAGGUCUAUCAAAGGAAACGUGGUUGGCGUAAGAGCAUAUUCUACUGCGAUUGCGUCCUUGUCAGCCUACCCCUAUCGAUUGCAAAGCCCUGCUGAAGUGCGAAGGCUACCGGGCUGUGGCGAUAAGUUCGCCUUCCUGUUCUCGGAAUUCCAAGACUCUGGCGAGCUGCCCGAGAUCCGCAAUGCAGCCUCAGACGUGAAGCUGACGGCGAUAAAGACCUUCACCGAUGUCUUUGGAGUCUCCGCCGUCACGGCCGAAAGCUUCUACAGGAGAGGCUGGCGAGACCUCGACGACAUAGUUGAAUACGGUUGGAACACCAUCACUAGGUCACAGCAAAUCGGUGUCAAAUACUACGAGGAAUUUCUGAUGAAGAUACCGAGGCCGGAGACCGACUCCAUUGCGGCAACAGUUCUGCAGCAUGCGAACAGCAUACGAGAAGGCUUCCGGAUGACGGUGGUUGGAGGAUACCGCAGAGGAAAGUCAAUGAGCGGUGACGUUGACAUCAUGUUGAGCCAUCGCGAUGAAGACGCCACGCACAACUUCAUCAACAAGUUAGUCAUCAGCCUUGAAAAUGAAAAGUACAUCACCCACACUCUUACCAUGAGCGCUCACAAUAGUGAGCGAAACCAGAGGCCAACAAGUUUCAAAUCAUCAGCACCCGGGGGCACAGGGUUUGACACCCUCGACAAGGCCCUCGUGGUCUGGCAGGACCCCGUGUUCGAACCCGGUGAAGCUGAGCCAAAGAAUCCAAACCCUCACCGCAGGGUAGACAUCCUCAUCAGCCCGUGGAAGACGGUCGGCUGCGCGGUGUUGGGCUGGAGCUCUGAGACAACGUUCCAGCGCGACCUCCGUCUCUACUGCAAGUAUGAGAGGAACCUCAAGUUCGACAGCAGCGGUAUCAGGUCGCGCCAGCCUCCGUACGACUGGGUGGACCUGGAAGACGGCGGCAAGGGGCCUGCACCGACGAUGGAGGAGGCAGAGAAGAGGGUAUUUGAGGGCCUGGGACUCGUAUUCAGGGCCCCACGCGAGAGGUGUACCGGAUGAAACGCUGUCCCGGAGGCUUCAAGUACACGGAAUCCGCCUGUGAGGUACCCAUUCAGACAGCACUGGCAGGUUUCGUGACAGACUUGACAGUGGCUAGCGUACUAUCUCUAGAAGCCACUCAACUGCGUGGUAAAAAGUCACGCCUUUGCUUGGAGAAUUGACGUGCCUUCAGCUAACCUGUUGGUUGCGCCGAG